CGCUUAAAGAGGGACUUAUUUUUUCUGUUUGUAUCACAUUAAUUCCAGUAGCAGUGCAAGAAGAGAACCAAAAACUUGAGAAGAAGAAGAAACAUGAUUGUGAACAAGAGAAAGAGAAGUUACAAUUCAGUUUCGUCUCUAUCACCAUCAACCUCAAUCCCUCAACACAAAUCCCCAGACUCUCCCAAACCAUUACCACUCAGCAAAAUUAAAUCCCUCUUCGAAAUAAUUUCCACAAACCCCUCAUUAACCGUCGAAAAAUCCCUCGAAGAAUCAUCUAUAAAUGUCACACCACAAGACGUUGAACAAGUCCUCAAACUCUCUUACCGGUUCCCUGCUCAAGCGGUCAAAUUCUUCCGUUGGUCCGGUCACCGCAUCAACCACAACCACACUCCCUACGCUUGGAAUCUCGUCAUCGAUAUAUUAGGCAAAAACUGUUUAUUCGAUGCAAUGUGGGACGCCGUUAAAUCAAUGCGUCGUGAAGGUUUACUUUCGCGUUCAACUUUCGCUUCGAUUUUCUCUAGUUACGUUAACGCCGAUAGAAUCGGUGACGCCGUUACGACUUUCGAGGUUAUGGACGGUUACGGUUGCGUUAGGGAUGUUGUUUCUUUGAAUUCGCUUUUGAGUGCUAUUUGUAGGAGCGGUAGGACUGUUGAAGCUUGUGAUUAUUUGCAAUUAGCUAAGAAAAUUGUUAGGCCUGAUUCUGAUACUUAUGCGAUUUUGAUGGAAAGUUUGGAGAAUGAUGGAAAUGUUGUUGGUGCUAAAGAGACUUUUGCUGAAAUGGUUAUUGAAAUUGGUUGGGAUCCUAAUAAUGUUCCUGCUUAUGAUUCAUUUUUAUGUGCUUUGAUUAAAGGUUCUGAUGGGAUUCAUGAAUCUGUUAAGUUUUUUGAUUCCAUGAGAGAUAGGAAAUGUUACCCUGGGAUUAGGUUUUUUAGGAUUGCUCUUGAUGAGUGUGUUAGGUUUCAUGAUAUAAAGAGGGCUGAAUUUUUUUGGGAGGUUAUGUUGGGGAAGACUAAGUUGCAGCCGACUACGGCUAUGUAUAAUUCCAUGAUUACUUUGUGUUGUUAUCAUGGUGAUAUCGAUGCUGCCAUGAAGUUGCUUGAUGGAAUGGUUUAUAAAGGGGCUUUUCCGGAUUCGCUUACUUAUAAUUUGUUGUUUAGGUUUUUGAUUAAGGGAAGGAAAUUGCGGGAGGCUUCGAGGAUGUUUAAUGAGAUGGUGAAAAAUGAGUGUGUGCCGGAUCAGCUUAAUUGUGACGCGGCUGUUAGGGUUUACUUGGAUAAUGGGGAUCCUGUCAUGGCUUUAAAAAUUUGGAAAUGUUUGGUUGAGAAUUACCGCGAGGAUUUGGAGGAUACUGCAAAUUUGUUGGUAGUAGGGCUUCGAGAUAAUGGUAGGGUCCCCGAGGCAGUUAAGUAUGCUGAGCAUAUUAUUGGCAGAGGAAUCAAGUUAACUUCUUCUACGUUGUCGAAGUUGAGACAAAGCCUUGUCAAAGAAAGGAAAGAGUUUGUGUAUAAUGAACUUUUAGCAAAAUGGAAAUCCUAUUAGUUAUUGAUCUGGGGUUCACCUGCUUGCAAGAAGAAAAGGAAAGUGCAAUAAGAUAUGAGCUAUACUGUGAGUGGAUUGAUUUUUUCGAAGAUUUAUAGACAUACAAUUUUUGUAAAUGGAUUGUCUGGUUGAUCCUAUUGAGGUGUCAAUACGCACACCCUGCAGGUCUGACCUUGAAUGUUCUGUUCUAUGUAAGUUAUUUAGUAUUAGUUGAAAAGGGUUAUCAAAUUACAAUUCAUCUAAUUCCCCAUUGCUUUCAGUGUAUUUAGGCUCCAAAUUUUGUUAAUAGUUGUCGUUAUGAGAGACCUAUAAGACACUGCAUUGUCAUUAGACUUAUACAUAAAAUUCUUCCUGGCAAGCCUGCUUGAAAAAUUGAUUCUACUUACUAGAUUGA